UUUUUUUUUAUUGUUUUUCUCCACUUCACCCAGUCUGUUGUAGUAGUGUGGUUUUAGUAGAGUGGUUAUUUAACCGCCCAUACUCGGCAUCCGUUUGGUCUUCCGUUUGUUGCAUCUAUUAUAUUUUCGUCCGGUCCGAUUACGAUCUCCUCGUGACGAGAAAUAACCGUCACGUUAUCCCGGAAAGCAACAUCAGUCCGUUUAAAUAGGUCCGUACGGGUCCAGCGUCCCAGUCUGAUUUUAAGCUGUGUGUGGCGGAUAAUGUUUGUAAACCGUAAACAGCGGCCGUCCGUAUCGUAAUGUGGAUGUUUCGAGAAGUGAUUGAUGCCUUUUGGACGCCGGACAUUUGGUUGCCGCCGAACACCAAAUGGUCGGAUCUGGAACCAAACGAACGGGUGCAGUACACUGACCACAGGCACUUGUUCUAUCCACUCCCAAUGGCAAUUGUUGUGUUGCUUAUACGAUAUCUGCUAGAAAAGUAAUCACUACUAAAAGCAUAUACUUAUCUAACGCACAAAAAUCAACACACACAAUAUGUUAAUUUUAAUUAAUGAUUUCAGAUAUUGUUUUUCGCCUUUUGGCGUUUCUUUAGGUAUUAAGAACACUAAACCCAAACGGGCUCCGGAUAAUGUGAUUUUGGAGGAGACGUUUGCCAAAAAUAAUAAAUGGAAUCACAAAGAAGUUGUGGGCCUUGCUAAGAGGCUGGAUUGGACUGAACGACAAGUAGAGCGAUGGUUGAGACUGAGGCGUGCUCAAGGAAAACCAUCAACGCUUGUAAAAUUUUGCGAGAGCAGGUGAGAUUUGAAUUUAUAAUAAGUAUUUAGGUAACUACAUUCAUUAAUUAUAAAAAUUGUUUAGAUUCGCAGUAGGUACAAUCUAAAGUGAGUCUCUGUUCAGAUAUGAGAGUUAGGAAAAUUCUAUUUUUCACAAUUAUUACAAAAGUUUAUUAAGUAUUAUUAAGUUAAAAAUCUUUCCUUUUUUAAUUAAAUAUCCAUAAAUAAAUAUUGUCAGUUUAUAGAGUUAUAAAAGUUAAACAUUUUGUGAUAGUAACAGUUUUCAAAUAGACAAAUUGUAUUAAAAUUAGUGUUCUUUAUCCAUUUUUACAAAGUACCUACAUAAUAUAGAUAUGUAAUUGGAAAAGUGAUUUGGUUUAUGUUAUAAUAUUACGAGUAUAGCCAAGAUAUACUUUUAUGACCAUUUUUAUGGAUAUCAAUAAAUUUUAGAUAAGAUUAUUUACACCAUUUUUUAGAAUUGUUCAAGACUUAAGCUACACAUUCCCAUAAUUUAUUCUUAUUUUCAUUAUUGGCAUUAAGUUAUAAUGAUUUACUAAUAUUAGUGUACCUGCAGGAAGUUAUAAGUUAAUUAGUAUUAGCAUUGUAUAUGUAUAGAUAGAUUUUUUUUUUAUUAAAUAUGGACAUAUUGGUGCCUAUAGAUAGGUAAAUAUAUUUACAGACUACAAUAGUUAUUUUGCUUAAUAUUUAAUUUAUUACAGAACUAAUGGUGCAAACAUUUAUUGAUAUUUUAAUGUGUUGUCAAUUUUUAUGAUUUUAAGAUUUUUGUGUUACCAUGGAAACGUAAAUAUAUUCAAUAAUAACUCAUAUAUUUUCUUUAAUUUCUAAUAUCUAGACAUUGUUAUUAUUUAUGCAUAUUGCAUAUUUUAUAUACAUCAUAUAUAUUAAAAUAAAGAAAAAACUUCCAGUAGGUAUGAUAUUUUUUAAUUUAAUUGCUAUUGCUUAUUAAGUUUGUUUGGUACUUAUUGUUAACUAAUUGUAUUUUAUUAUUAUUUUAAUUCAAUACCUAUUAUCUAAAUAAUAUUCAUUGUACAAGGGACUUAAACCUGUUACUGAAUUAACUGGGUAUAUUAGAUAAUUUACAUAUAAACAAAACUGAAUAUGGAACCAUAAUUUAUGAUUAAAAGAACAAAAACAAUUAAAUAAAACUACCACAAUUAUUAUUGGUUUCCAAACCAAAAAAACAAUUAUUUUUUACAAAUUGAUGAUAAAUUUAAUUAUUUAUACCAUACCCAUACAUUUGUAUGGGCUUUAAGUAUAUUUUGAUAUAUGAGUAUGUGGAUUUCACUGUUUCUUGUUAAAGUGAUUUAAUGAGUAAAUGGUGUUAUCAUCAAUGGUAUUAUAAAAUAUUUGGUAUAUAUUUUUAGCUUAAGUAACUUAAAAUGCAAAUUUUUCAUUAAUUAUUACUUUUUAAUUUAAUUUUUAUAAGAACAAAUUUAUAAUAUUUAACUAGUUAUAUUUAUAAAACAGUUAUAUUAUGUAUAAUAGUUGUUUACUUAGCUUAAAUGUUUAAUAUUUAUAUAAGAUUUAUAUUUUUAGUUGUAAAUAUAUAUUGUUUGGUCAGUUUGUAGAACUUGUUAAACAUGUUAAUGAAAAGGUGAAGCCAUUUAAUAUUUUUCAUAGCAUGACAAACAAACACAAAUUAAGCAUAGAAAUAGGUUAUAUAAUACUAAUGACACAUAUUGUUUCAUAUUUAAAUGUAGGUUAUACGUAUAAUGACAUACCAAGAGGCUUACCUAUUACCUAAGUACUAUUAACAUAAGUUAUUUUAAUAUACUGAAUUUAAAGGAUUAAAAUGGAUAAAGAAUUCACAAAAUAUCUAAAAUUAAGAAAUAAAUGAAUGAGAAAAUACAUUUUUAAUUUCAAAAACUUAUUUCUAGUUUGUCUUGUAUAGCCUUGACUCAAAAGUAAUUUUUUCAUCUUGUUUUGCUACUUUCUAAAAUGUUUAAUAUCACCAUACACCACAAUAUUUCUUUGCUUAUUCAUUUUGAACUAUACUAAGUUAAUAUUAUUAUAAAUAAACUAUUAAAUAAUAAUAAUAAAAAAAAAUAUAUAAUAUUUUGCAUUUAAAAGAAGAUAUUAUUUAUUUACACAGCAAUAAAAUUAAAUAUUUUAAAACAAAUGAUAAUUUAAUUUUUUAUUUCAUAUGCUAUCAGCAUUAAUAUAGAAAAAAACAUUAAAAAGGAUAUGAUAAAAAUAAAACCAAUAAUCAAAAAAAUUUAAUUUUUCAAAAUUGAUUAAAAUAAAAUGUUUAUUUAAUGUUUACAAAAAUUGUUUAUGAUUUGAAUUGUAUUUAGAUAGCUACGAUUAACAUCUUAGUAAAUGCAUAAUCUUUAACAUCAGUUAUUUAACAAAUUUAUGUGGGGCAUUGCGUAAGUUUCUCAAGUUCUUGACAUUUGUUUGCUCUUUUUAUUCUUUUAGAUUAUGACGGUAGUGAGGAAUGUAUUGAUUUUACUGUAUAUUUUAUUUUGUUUUUUUUCUUGUCUGUAAACAACUUUUCUACCAGAAAAGAUAUCUGGUUGCUUCAAUCAAAAAAUAAUAAGAGACCUUGAAGUUGCAUUUUGGAUCUAGGUAACGAUUAAAAUAUUGUACUUAAUUUUCCAUCCAGUUUUUAUUAUAAUUAGAAAAUACUGACAAAAAAAUUCUGUUAUUCUACAUUUUCAAGUUUUUCUUUGGUAGUUAUGUGGAUACAAUUUUCUGUUUGACAGACAUCUAAACAGAAAUGCUUGAAUAUUUAACAUGGGGUUUAUUAUAAUUUCUACUUAGUGGUGAAAAUAAAGUUGAGCAUAAUUUUUUUUUUAAUGUAUAAGCGGGUAAAAUUAGUCAAGUUACCAAUGGUUUGUCGUUGCUUAUAGAUAUAAAUUAAGUAACUUUAUGUAUCCUAACUUCCCAUCUACAACAUAUGCACAUCAUCAGUAUCAGUACUUUUUAAAUUUAAUAAUCAUUUAAAUGGAACUAAGUAAAAUUCUACAAUCAUUAUUAAUUUUAAUAUUUUAAUUAAGAAUAAUAUGGCACAGACAUUGUAAAGUUCACAAGCCUUACUAAUCUGUUAAAAAGGUUAUUGAAGUUCAAAAAGUAUUAAUCUAUUAAAAAAAAUAAAUCUUCAUUGUAUAAAGAAAAAUUGAGAGAAGAAUAUAAUAGGUAAAUUCUAGUAUUUUUUACUGUCCAAUUAAUACCGUUUAGAACAAUAAUAAAUAAUAAUCAAAAUCACAAUAAUAAUUACUAGCGCCCUUUAAGUUAAGAUGAAAGAGCUAUUAUUUUAUCAGGUCAAGAUUUCCUAUUCAUUUUUUUUUAAUAAUCACCAUAAUAGAGAUAAAGAAAAUAAGUAAAUUUAAUUAUGUAUUCUUUUCUUUAUACAAGCCACUCUUAUUUUUAUCUUUCCCCACUCCAUCUAAUUAUGUAAUUUGUAUUCAAUUAAAAGUCGACUACAAAUGAUUAUUUAGGCUUUUAAGUUAUUUUCAAUUAUAUUAUCUAGUUGAACUUAAAAUAUCUUGAUAUAGAUUAACUGGGUUAUUCUCUGUUUUGUUUUCUUUGGUAUUCUUAGGUUGAUUUUACAGUCUCCCAAGAUUGAGUUAUAUUAUUAAAUUGAAAAAUAUAAACAUACUUUGCACCAUGGGUUGGCCAAUUUUAUUGGUGAGUAGUUGGAAAGUUAGGAAAAAGAGGGAAAUUAAAUUUAUAUCUGUAAGCAAUGAUAAACAAUUCAGUGUCAGUGCAAAAAUCCUUGAUAUUUUGAAAGGCUGUAUUAUUUACUAUUUUUGUCAAAAUUGGAUAUUAAAAUUUGCGUAGGAAAAAAUACUACAUAAAUUCAAUUUUUUUUUUCUGACCACCAAUGUACUACUAAUGUUGUAUUUUCAAGCAUUUCUGUUUAGCAUCCACAGAUUACCUAUCAAUUAAAUUAUGUAAAAACCUCAGAAUUAAAAUGUCUAUAAAUAGCUCAAAAAUGAAUUAAAUGUUUGAAAAUUUAUCCACAUCUAUAAAAGGCAAAUAUAACUUCUAUCCAAGUUCAAAGAUUCUGCAAGUAUAUUUUAAACUGAAUUACUUUAGUACAAUAAAAUUAAAAAUAAUAAAAGUUUUUUUUUUGUACAUUUUCCCAUUCUUUGUAAUUUUGUUUUUUGGUUUUGCACAAUUGUUAAAAAAACUUCAAUCAAGAAAUAACUUUUUUAAUCACCAACUAUAUUUAAAAUGCAACAAAAAUAAUUUCUUUUUGUUUUUCUAUAGGGUUGAUAUUUCUGGUAGAAAACAUGAACACAAAUUUAAAUUAAAUAAAUUGUGAAAUAAAUAAAUAAAUUUAUCAGUUCAUUUUAGAUUCUGAGUGUACCGAAGAAUGUAUUGGUUUUACAAAGAAGUUUAUUUUUUUUUAUGUGAACACUUUAGUAUCAGAAAGCCCACUUCAAUGUUUAUGAUGAAGACUAUUUUCUGAAAGGAUAUUUUCUUCGGAUGGUACUUUGGAGAGGUUUUUUUUUGAUUUUCUUAGAAGUUUUCUCAUCAAAUGUGAAAAACAUAGGAAUAUCUGAAAAAACUUAGGAAAAACUGGAAAAUUCGUACAAUAUUAAAGAAAAUAUAUAAUGCCUAUUUAAUUAUUUUACCGUAUAUAUUGUUCAUAAUGUAUCACUAUGAACUGAACUCCGCUCAGAAUCGUAUUUUCAUUAGCAACGGUUUAUUGUUUUUAACAGAUAAUUUAAACAGAUUAAAUUUCCUUCUGUAUCCUACCUUCCCAACUUCCUUCCCACAAUAGUGUCUGCACCCGUUCUCAUUAUCCUAGAAACCUUUUUUUUUUUUCAUCUUUGGAUAUUCUCAAUUAUUAUAGCUAUUUGGAAAAUUAUAAAACAGCGUUCUACUUGAGCUAUUAAAUUUAAAAUUGAACAGAAAAGGUCUUUAGUCAUUUUUUGAGGGAAGUAAGAUAUCUAGUAGAAAACUAUUUUCAAAAAUAUAAAAUCAUAAGAUUAUUAUGUAAUGAAUCUUUGUCUGUUUUUCCUAUUAUUAUGAAAACCUUUUGAAAAAUCAAAAAAUGACCUUUCUAAAGGACCAACUUUUAAAUAUUUUACUAAUGACUGCGUGCGAAAGUUGUUUUUUGAUUUCUAAAGUAGUUUUCAAAAUAAUUGAGAAAGCAAAAAAGAUAAAAAAUAUGAUUAUUUCAAUUUAUGGCGCAAUAAAUUUAUUGUUUAAAAUGUUUAAGAUUAUAUUUUUCUGCAAGAAAAUAUUGUCUCGUUAGUGAGUAUGAAAGUUGUUUGAUUUUCCAUAUUGUUCCCUAAUAAUUAUGAAAAACCGGAGAAAAAUAUAGGAAAUAAAGUUAAGUGUACAGCUCUGGGUUUUUUGUUAUUAUUCAGUUAAAUAUUAUUGUGGAGACUUGUAUUUUUUAGAAAAUACUUAUAUUGGUCUUUUGUAGAUGUGGUAAAUUUUUUUAAACCUUUCUAAAAAUUCUACCUAUUUUUAGGUAUUUGAUAUUUUAAUGUUUUUUUAUAUAUAUAUAUAUAUAUAUUUAUUUUGUAGGUAUCUGUUAUUAAAAUUAUUUGACUUAAGAGAAAUGCUUGAAAAUUUAACACAAGUUACAUGGUACAUUAUAAGUUGUACUUAGUGGUUUAAAAAACAAAUUCGAGUUUAAUGCAUUAGUUUUUUUUUCAUAAGUGUUUUAAGAUUUUAAAAAUUACAGCAUUUCAAAAUAUGUCUUACCGAACUUUGCUCCAAAUUUUUUUUUAUCAGUAUUGGUUUAUUGUUGCAUACAGAUAUAAAUUAAAUAACUUAAUGUAUCCUAUCUUUCCAACUUCCUAUCUACAACAGUGGCUGCAUCUGCCUGGAGUAUCAGCUCUUUUUUUUACUUUUGGGUACAGAAUUAAAUGUUAACCAUUAUAAUAUGUGCUAAUAUUAAAAGUGCUCAAUUAUAUUAUUAGGUGCAUGCUGAUUAAUUUUUCUUCACAUCUCUUCUACUCAUAUAGGACAAUAUACAAUUUUAUAAUAUACGGUUGUACUUUUAUUAUUUUAUAAUAUGUUUAUUAUGGUUUUUUUAAAACUAUUAAUUUAUGGGUUUCAGCUGGCGAUGUUUCUAUUAUACAUUUUCAUUCCAUUAUGGGUUUGUAUUUUUAUGGAGUAAACCAUGGUUGUGGAAUAUAGAUUAUUGUUGGAUUGGAUACCCACAUCAGGUAAAUAAAUAGAAAUGCAUUGUUUCAAACUGUUAAUGUAGAUUUAAUUUCUUAUUAUUGUUUGAAUUUUAAAUAAAAUAAUGUUAUAUAAUUGGUUUUAGAACUGUUUCUAUAGAAAAUUUGUAUACUUAUUAACUUAGUAUUUUUAGGGUACAACAAGAGAUACAUGGUGGUAUUAUAUGAUGUCAUUAUCAUUCUACUGGGCAUUAGCUGUUUCUCAAUUUUUUGAUGUAAAACGAAAAGAUUUUUGGCAAAUGUUUGUACAUCACAUAUGCACUAUAUGUCUACUAUCGUUUUCAUGGAUAUGUAAUUUCCAUAGAAUUGGGACUCUUGUGCUUUUAACUCAUGAUUGUGGUGAUAUUUUCCUAGAGGUAAUACAUCAUUUUAAUUUUUAUAUUAAGUAUAAGUAUUGUGUUUUAUUAAAUUUUAAUAAAUGUAUAAUAAAAUAGAAUACUAACAAUAAGGAUAUAUUGAUUAGAUGAAUUAAUAAUCGUCUUAAAAACUAAGGAGUAUAGGUCAAACAAUAAAGAUAAGUCUUUAGUACAAUUAAAUAAACAUUUAAAAUAUUUGUUUAAUAAAUUAAAUUAGAGGUCAUUUUUUUUUCAAAUGCAAUUUUGAUUUGUUUGCUUUCAAAUAUUUUUCUCUUUUAUAUAAAUAUUAUUUAUAUUAUUGUUAUUUAGAUACUAUCUAUCAAAUGUCAAAUUUUGAAGGUUAUUUUUUUGUCUAAUUUAUUAAACUAGACAACAUUAUUGUAGAUUAAAAUAUACCAUUGUUACAAUCCAAAACAAUGAUUAGGUAAAUUAUAAUGAACAUAAUUUUUACAUUCAUCAUUCAUACAACUUUUUGAUUUUCAUAUGCAAUUGGACUGAGUUUAAUAAUUUGCAUAUUUAUUUUAAAUAUUUUUGUUUUUUUAAUUUGUGUAAGUCAAGGACUAAAGUUUUGAAUAUUGUGCAAUAAAAUAUUAGAUAUGGUUUAAUGAUAAUACAAAUAAUAAGUUUGCUUUUGAUAAAGUAUUGUUAUUUAAUAUUAGUACUUUUAUUUAUUCAAAAAACAGUGAUAAAUAAUAUAUUACAAUAAAAUAAAAUAAUUUGUUGCACAGAUUAUUUAUCGAAAAAAUAUUCUAGAUUUUGUUACAAAAUCCGUUGUUUCUAAACUACACUAAUUGUUUUUUCGUUAGCAAUGGUUUAUCGUUGCUUUCAGAUAUACAUUAAAUUCUCGUCUAUAUUCUACCUUCCCAACUUUUCACCUACAUCAGUGGUUGCACCCACAUGUGAAGUAUGUCCGUCCUUUUUUAAACUUAGUACUAAGCAAUUUUAUUUGAAAAUAAGUUUAUAUGAUUAUCAUAGAUAACUAUGCAUUUAUGGUAUAUACAAAUUUAAAAAAAAAAUCGUAAAAUAAAGGUCCAUUAUUCUUGUUUAUUUUUAACUCGCGAUAGCUCGCACUGUUAGAAAAAAUUAACAUAUUUUAUUAUUUAUUUAUUUACUUAUUUUUUAUAAAUAACUAUUAUUGAUUGAAUGAUAAUUAAUAACCCUUCUACCAAUAGUUUAUCUACACGAUUAUGAAACAUAUAAUAUUAUUAAUGAGAUUAAAUUGUAUAAAACUUAUUUUGGAAUUUAUAUUUUAAUGAAAUUUUAUAAAGUAAUAUAUUAUCAGAAAAAAUUGAAUUAAUUGAAUGUAUAAAUAAUGGCAUUUAAUUAAAAUGAAAAAAAUAGUAUAGGAACCUAUAUAUAUGUAUAUUAACACUUUACUGUCUCGUUAGGAAUUCUAAUUUAUUUCAUACAUUUUUUAUCGUAUCUCGAUAUCUUAAAUAAAUAUAAUAUAUAAUAAAAAAGAAUUAUGAUGAUAUUUUUUUUUUUUUGUGAACAACUCUUCUUCCAGAAAUUUGGAUCCAGUUUACAAUGAUAGCAUUUUUCUGAAAGAAAAUCUGACUGGAGCGGUGCUUUGGGGAGGUCAUUUUUUGAUUAUCCCAGCUGUUUUCAUAAUAAAUGGAAAAAAAAAAUGGGAAAAUAGCUACAAUAUAAAUAAUUAUUAUUAACGAAAAUAUAUAAUGCUUAUGUAAUUAUUUCACUAUUAUAUAACAUACAUAUAUUGUUGACAAAGCAAUACUAUUAACUGAACUCUGCUCAGAAUUGUUUUUCAUAAGCAAUGGUUAAUCUUUGCAUACAGAUAUAUAUUAAAUUUCCCCUCUAUCUUCUCAACAGUUGCUCACUCACUUGAAAAGUAUGUUUGUCUUUUUAUUAUCUUGUUUUAUACAGGUAAUAUAACUAGGUAACAAGUUUGUAUUUAUGCAGAUUUCUAAUUGAUUUUAGAAAGUUUAAACUUUCAUCACAUAUUAUAAUAGUAGAAACUAACCCAUUAAUAAUAAUUGUAUUGCAUAGCUUUUUUUUAGUAUUCAUUAAUACUAAAGUUAUAAUUUAAAAUUUAUUAUUAAUGAAAAUUGAAUAUUCAGCAUUAUAUUUAUUUAAUGCAAUACAAUGAAGUUUAAGUAUUUCUUGAUUUUUGUAACAUUUUUUCAGAAAGAAAAUGUUGUCCUAUUGGUGUAUAAGAAGGUCCUGUUUUUAAUUUCCCUUGUAGUUUUCUUAAUGGCUUGAGAAAAAUAUAGGAAAACAGAAAAGUUUAUAAAUAGUAAAUUUAUAUUUGGUUUUGUGUGGAUAAAAUUAUUUUAAUCAAGCAGAAAUGUUUGAAAAUAUGACUCUAGUUUCAUCAUAAGUUGUACUUGAUGGGCAACAAAAAAAAAAUUGAGCGUAACAUAGUAUUUAUUUUUUUUCAUGUAUGCGUUUAAAGUUCACGUUAACUAUGGUAUUUGGCAUCAGUAUGUUAUAGUAUACUCUCUCAAAAUAUUUAAUGGAAACACCACUGAUUAAAUAAUAUAAGAAAAUAUACGAUUGAAAAUUGGUAUAGUUACUAUUCUCCUAUUAUUUAUAAUAUUAAGUAUUCUAAAUUAGUUAUACCAAAAUAAUGUAAAUUAAUUCUAUUAAAAUAAUUUUAUUAAUUAUUUAAAAUUUUUAAUAUGUUUAGAUUUAAGAAUAUAUAUAUAUAACCAAUAUGCUCCAGAUCUAAAAAAUAAUAGUUUUAAAUUUGGAUGUACAACUUAUGCCCAAUAGGAUUUUGAAACAUGCUUUUUAAAAUAGUUAAUAUUUUUUUAUAUAUAUGUAUCACUAAUUCACAGACAUUAAUCAAAUUUGAUAAACAAAAAAUUGAAAAAUUUAACUAAAGCAUUAAACAAACUUUUGUUUGGAUUUAGAAUUCAACAUUUUAUAUUUUCUUAUAUCCCCCUCCCGUUGUGAUUUAUCAUUUUAAUAUCUUAUAUUAAUAAAUGUCUACUACCUGUUGGUUUAAAACACAUUGUCUUUAUAGUUAACUUUUUAAUGAUAAAUUAGUCAAAUAUUACAAACUGUGAAUCAACAGGUAAUCAUAAAUAAAUAUGAUUUUGAUUAUUUAUUAUUAUGUGAGUAAUAAUUGAGUAAUGUCAAUAUUUAUAAUUACAUGAUAUAUAAAAGGAACUUCAUAUAAAUAUAUAAAUAGUUCAUAAUUUAAAAAAAUAAAAUAUGCCAUAAAUAAUUAUCUACAUGUAUUAAAUAAUAGUGAAUAUUUAACAAAUUUAAUAUGAAUUAUAGAAAUAAAAUGUUUUUAAUUCUGUACAUACAGUUAAUGUAAAAUUCAUGAAAAAUGAGAAAAUUAAAUAUUUAUUUUAUUUUAUUAUAGUGUGCAAAAAUGGCCAAGUACGCCAAAUAUCAAAAAUUAUGUGACAUUGUUUCAGUAAUAUUUAUUAUUGUCUGGCUUAUAACUAGAAUUGGUUUAUUCCCUUUUUGGAUUUUAUACAGGUAAUUUUUUAAACUUUAUUUUUAAUUAUGAAUCAAAUUUUUUUUAUUGUAAUUUUUGUUUAUAUUUUAUGUUUAGUACAUCGGUUGAUGCACCUCGAGUGGUAAAUCAAAUGUUUCCAGCUUAUUACAUAUUUAAUGGCCUACUGUUUCUUUUACUUGGCCUCCAUCUUUAUUGGACACAUUUAAUUUUGAGAAUUGCAUUUAUAUCAUGGAAUUCUGGAAAAGUAUAUAUUUUUAUAUUUAUCUUACCUUUACCUUUACCAUUUUUUAGUAAUUUUAGAUUCUGAUUGGAGCAAAGAAGCUUAUGGUUUUACAAAGAUGUUAAAUUUUUUUUUUUGUCUGCGCAACUUUUCUACCAGAAGACUUGCUCAAAUUUCUACGUGUAGCACCUUUUCUGAAAGGAACAUAGUGUGGAUAGGUAUUUUAGGGAGGUAUUUUUCGAUUUUCUCAAAAAAAUUUUCAUCUUAUGUGAAAAUCUGAAGAAAAACUGGAAAAAUUAUGAAAUUUAAUAAAUAUAAUAUUUCGAUUUUUUUUCUGUGGACAACUUUUCUACCAACAGUUUACCUCCAACUUUUAAUGAUAGCAAUGUUUCUAUAAGAACAUUUUUCUAGGAGGGUACUUUAGAGAUUUAAUUUUUCGAUUUUCUCAGUAGUUUUCUCAUUAAAUUUGAAAAAUCGGAAAAUAUAAUAAAUCUAUGUAUUAUUUAAAAUAUAUUAUAGCCUUUUUUUCUGUGCACAACUUUUCAGCCAGCAAUUUCACUCCAACUUUUAAUAAUAGCAUUAUUUCUAAAAGUAAAUUUCAUUAGGAAGGUACUUUAGAGAGGACAUUUUUCGAUUUUCCCAAUAGUUUUCCCAGCAAAUGUGAAAAAUCGGGAUAAAAUAUGAGAUAACCGGGAAUAACGUGGGAAAAUCAGUACAACAUUAAACAAAUUUUAUUAAAGAAAAUGUAUAAAUUCUCUUUAAUUAUUUUACUUUAAAAUUACAUGUAUAUUGUUGACAAAGCAUUAAUAUCAACUGAACUCUGCUUAGAAUCGUUUUUUGUAAGCAAUGGUUUAUCGUUACAGAUAUACAUUAAAGUUUUGUCUAUUUCCUACUUCCCCAACUUCCCAUCUAUACCAGUGGCUGCACCCAUCCCCAUUAUCUUCUUUUUAAUCCCUAUUUGCUCCUAACAUCUAAUGACUUGAUUUUAUGAUUAUAUGAACCUAAUUAUUCCUUAUUCAUCCUGUUAUAAUAAUAAUUAUUUUUUUUUACAAUUUUAUAUUUUUUGUUUUUUAGUUUUAAUGUUAUUUUUAAAUUUUUCUUAAAAUUAAUUCUUAUUCUUUUGAAUUUAAAUUAUAAUUACUUUUGUUAAUUUUAUCAUUCUUAACAAAUAUAAUAUUUCAGAUUGAUGGUGACAUUCGUAGUUCUUCUAGUGAUGAGAUUACCCUAGAUGAUGAUUCAAAUAGCAAAAUAGAUGACAUUAAUGAAGUGUUACCAAAUGGCACAACUUAAAUUGUACUACUUAUAUUUUAUUUUCGUUUUAUUGCGUUAUGUUUUAAUUAAUUCCAUAAGCACCUUAGGUAUUUGUGUAAAUAUUUAUAUGUUCCAGAUUACUAAUAAUUUAUUCCCUAUUUAAUCAUAUAAGACAAAAAAAAAAAAAAUGUUAAUUUUAUCAUGAACAUAGCUACUUAAAUGUAAAGUUUUUAAAAAAAACAUUAUGAGCACUUAAAUGUUUCAGAUUCAGCUCUAGUCAUCUAUAAACAAAAAUAUUUCUUACAAGAAGUGUACCAUAAAUGUAAUAUUUUAUAUGCAAUUAUUUUAGUAAAUUAGAUAUUAGUUUGUUAUUUAAUUUCAUUUUAACAUAAUUCAUAUUCUUAAAUAAUACUUAUUCAUCCCUUCCCCGGAAAAACCGAAAUAAAAAUGUAACUUAAAACAUAUUAAUAUAAUGUAUGUAUUUAUUAUAUUAUUUAUAAAAUAAAGCAGUUUUUUUAUGUUUUAAGAUUAUUAUAAUAUAAAUGUGU